AUUUGUCCUUAACACAGAUCUAUCAGCAGGCGCAGACACGCUUCUCUUUCCCGACUUUGCAUUCUUUUCAAACCUACAGAUACUCGCGCAGCAAGAAGAAAAAAUGACGCAUUAUCAAGCGCCGCGUCGUGGCCGACCUCGCCUACAAGGUCAUGACGACGUCAGAGACAAGGACGACGUCGAGAACAAGCGGAUGCGGAUGAGGUUGGCACAAAGGACGUACCGAGCUCGAAAAUAGGGUGCGUUGAACCUGGAAAGGGUCCGCAGCGAGUGUCUCAGCGGGGCUUUGGACCAGGCGCUUGCAGCUUUUGCUGCUUUCCAUCAGCGUGCUCUUGAGUCCCCCGAAGUACAGAGUUCGUCCGGUCUUCUGGCUCAUCUAAACAAAGCGGCUUCGGAAAUGGCGACAAUUGCCAGUGACACAAACAAAACCACUAGACUUUUGUAUGCUUCCGAAUCCACCUACCCAAGCAUUCAACAACCAGACCUAGGAACAACGUCGCUCUCAAGUACAACCGCUGAUGGAGAAUUACAAAAUGACUGGAUCAUGGGUCUCGAGCCCACGACAGCGCAUAUGCCAGCUCUGUCACUCGCCGUGUCGUCUGACGCGGUAGCCCUCACACUACGAACGGCUAACCGCACCUUGAGCCCACUGUCGGAGAGGUUCAUUCGAGCUUUCUUCGAACGUGUCAUCACUAUCUUAUCAAGCAGUUCUAGACACGAGAGCCGAUUCGUGGACUUGACGCUACCUCUUAAUAUUCUUGGUGAGGAGCUGCUCGUAGAUGAGACCCUCAAGAUUCUUACCCUCUUUCCUCUUGCGGCAGACUACCAGUAUCUCCCUGAGUCCGCGGUUCGUUUGCCAUCCAUGUACCGUGUUGUUGAAGGUGAUAAAAACGGUAUACGUCGACUACCGUCGCCAUUAGUGCAGCGGAUCGUGCGUGGCAAGACUAGGACUAUGUUGGCGACAGAAUUUCCACCAUUACAGGGGGAGUGGCUAGAGGCCAUGGACGUUGAGGAGUACCUGGAAGAUCGGGGAAUUUGUUUACGUGGUGCGAGCUUCAGUCAUAUGGUCAACUUUGAAGAGCUUGGGACUCAAAUGCUCACUCGAAAUAUUGACUUGCAGAAUGGGCGGGCUUUGACAGCAACCAAUAGUCCCAUAUCCGCAGUACCGGAUCAAAUACGAGUCGCUUCCCAGGUCAAUCAUUACCAACAGCCUCUAAACGAAACAGGAGGCUUAUCCGUCGACUUGCGACGUCAUGAGCCCGCAGACUAUUCAGUAUUCGGACUCCCAAGACCUGAACAGUCGAUCAGUCCGGCUGAGCCCCUCCCUCUGCUAAGGACAGGCCUUGUGCCAAUCCAAUCACCGAGAGUGUCUUACACUGAUUCCACCCAGCGGAGCUAUCACCCAGCCUCCCAGAUUACCAUUGACCUUGACAAGCUUGUACACCUGCUGGCGUCCAAUGCUACUUGUCUGGGACCUGCGCCAGGGGUUCGGAAAGCUGCGGUAGACUCAUCGAUUGCACAAUCCGUCACCCAACCCUUAUCUUAAGUACCAUUCGCAGGCGAUUUGACUCAAAUCGCCCACACAAAGUGGGUUGCGCGACCGGCGUUUUAGAGCAAUAUCGCUUGGAGUUGGGCCAGGUCGCUGAUUGACAUGUCUCCGAACCCCAGGGUUUGGGCUUAGCUAGCCCCAAGUUAGGUUUAAGGUUACGCAGGUUAGAGUGGUUCAAAGUGAGGAAGGAGAAUAGAACAGUAUUUUCUACUUAGUUGUAUUUAUUUACAGAAGGUGAUUCAAGUAUGCCCGAUAAGGAUUGUGUAAUUAAACGAGGACUAUCGGAUGCUUGUUUGUCGGCUUUGCAAAGCAGCUGUUCGGCCCGGCGCCGGCAUCGAGUUGCGCUUUUGACAUGAGCAUCAGAUGAAAGGCAAAGUGCUAGAG